AUCAACUACACCUACAACUGUGCCACCAACUCCAACCAAAACAAUGGAGGUGACCAUUACCACUGAAUCCACAACACAGGCUACGACAACCACAGAAUCAACAACAGAAGUAUCCACAACAGCAGAAUCAACUGGAUUAACAACUACCUUGGCUCCAAGCAUCACAACUGAAUCAACAACUACAGAGGAAUCUCAAUCAACUAUACUGAUAACUGUGCCACAAACUACAACUAAAUUAAUGGAAACAACCUCUAUUCCUCAAUCCACACCACAGGCUUCAAUAACUAUAGAACAAACAACAGAACAAUCAGCUGCAUCUAUAACUAUUUGGGGUUCAAGCACUACACCUGAAGCACCAACAACUACACCAACAACAGAAAUAACCACUAUCACUGAAUCCACAACACAGGCUACAACAACCACAGAAUCAGCAACAGCAGCAUCCACAACAGCAUUUUCCACAACAGUAGAAUCAACUGGAUUAACAACCAUCAUAGCUCCAAACACAACUGAGGAAACUCCAUCGACUACACCUACAACUGUGCCACCAACUACAAGUCUAAUAAUGGAAGUGACCACUACCAGUGAAUCCACAGAACAAUCGACAACAGCAGAAACACCUGAAUUAACAACUAUCUUAGCUCCAAGUACAACUGAAGCACCAAUGACUACAGAGGAAACUCCAUCAACUACACCUACAAUUGUGCUACAAACUCCAACCAAAACAAUGGAAGUGACAACUACCACUGAAUCCACAUCACAGGCUACAAUGAAUAUGGAACAAGCAAUGGCACAAACAGCUGCAUCUAUAACUAUUUGGGGUUCAAGCACUACACCUGAAGCAUCAACAACUACAGAGGGGACACCAACAAUUAUAAAAACAACAGAAGUAACCACUAUCACUGAAACUACAACACGAGCUACACCUACAGAAUCAACAACAGCAGCAUCCACAACAACAGAAUCAACUGGAUUAACAACCAUCAUAGCUCCAAACACAACUGAGGAAACUCCAUCAACUACACCUACGACUGUGCCACCAACUACAAGUCUAAUAAUGGAUGUAACCACUUCCAGUGAAUCCACAGAAGAAUCAACAACAGCAGAAUCAACUGGAUUAACAACUACCUUAGCUCUAAGAACAAUUGAAGCACCAAUGACUACAGAGGAAACUGCAUCAACUACACCUACAACUGUGCCACCAACUCCAACCAAAACAAUGGAGGUGACCACUACCACUGAAUCCACAACACAGGCUACGACAACCACAGAAUCAACAACAGAAGUAUCUACAACAGCAGAAUCAACUGGAUUAACAACUACCUUAGCUCCAAGCAUCACAACUGAAUCAACAACUACAGAGGAAUCUCAAUCAACUAUACUGAUAACUGUGCCACAAACUACAACUAAAUUAAUGGAAACAAUCUCUAUUCCCCAAUCCACAUCACAGGCUACAAUAACUAUGGAACAAACAACAGCACAAUUAGCUGCAUCUAUAACUAUUUUGGGUUCAGGCACUACACCUGAAGCAUCAACAACUACAGAGGGGCCACUAACAACUAUACCAACAACUGUACCAACAGCAGAAGUCACCACUGAACCCACAACACCGGCUACAACUACAGAAUCAACAACAGCAGCAUCCACAACAGCAUUUUCCACAACAACGAAAGUGACUGGACUAACAACCAUCAUAGCCCCAAACACAACAGAAGAAAUUCCAUCAACUACACCUACAACUGUGCCACAAACUAUAACCAAAACAAUGGAAGUGACCACUAGCAUUGAAUCCAUAAAACAGGCUACGGCAACCACAGAAUCAACAACUGCAGAAUCAACAACUACCUUAGCUCCAAGCACCAAGAAUGAAGCAUCAACAUCUAUAGAGGAAACUCCAUCAACCACACCUACAACUCUGCCACCAACUGCAACUUUAAAAAUGGAAGUGACCACUACCACUGAAUCCACAAUGGAGGUUACAACAACCACAGAACCAACAACAGCAGAAUCAACAACAGAAUCAACUAUAUUAACAACCAUCAUAGCUCCAACCACCACAACUAAAAUACAAACAACUAAAGAGAAAACUCCAUCAACUACUCCUACAACUGUACCACCAUCUGUAACACUAACAACAGAAGUGACCACUUCUGCUGAGUCCACAGCACAGACUGCAACAUCAACAGGCCAAUUGACCAGUAAGACUGAAUUCACAUCAGAAUCAACUGUAACCACAACUACUCCAACCCCCAGCACUGUGCUUGAAGAACAAACUGUGAAAGAAACUUCAACAAUUCCACCUUCAUUUGUAACACCAACAACUACACCAAACAUAGAACAAGCCAGUACAAUAGAAUCCACAAAAUCCACAGAAACAACAACAGGACUAAUAAAAGCAGAAUCAACUGGAUUAGUAGGCAACUUACCUGCUACAUCCAUUACUACAGAGGAAACUCCAUCAACUACACCUGCAACUCUGCCACCAACUACUACUCUGACAAUGGAAGUGACCACAACCAUUAAAUCCACAACACAAGCUACAACAACAGAAGAACCAACAGCAGAAUCAACUACAUUAUUGACAGCCAUAGCUCCAAGCACGACAUCUGAAUCACCAACAACUACAGAGCAACCUCCAUCAACUACACCUACAACUGUGCCACACACUACAACUCAAACAAUGGAAGCAACCACUAUAACUGAAUUCACAACACAGGCUAUAACACCCAUAGAACUAACACCAAACAUAACUAAAGUACCAACAACUACAGAGAAAAACCCAUCAACUACAUCUAAAACUGCACCACCAACUAAAACACUAUCAGCAGAAGUGACCACUACCACUGAAUCCACAACACAAACUGCAACAACAGCAGAACAAUCUUCACUUGUAGCACCAACUAUACCAACCACAGAACCAUCCAGUACCACAGAAUCCACAAAACAGGCUAUACCAACCACAGAACAACCAAGCUCAGAAACAACUGCACCCACACCUACUGCAGCCCCCGGUACUGAAGCUGAAGAACAAACAACUACUAAAGAAACACCAACAACCAUAGUGACCGCUAUAUUCACAACACAGCCUACACCAACAACACACCCAACAGAUUCAACUGUAUCUAUAACUAUUUCCACUCCAACCACCACAAUGGAAGCACGAACAACUACAGAGAAAACUCCAGCAAAUAUACCUACAAAUGUAACACUAAUCACAACACCAACAACCAAAGUAACCACUGCCACUAAAUUCACAACACAGUCUACAACAACCACAGAACAAACAAGAGUAACUGCUCUGUUUCCAGGCACUAACACUGAAGAGCCAACAACCACAAAGGAAGCUCAUAGAACAUAUACAACUGUACCACCAGCAAUUAUGACACCUAGAACAGAAGUAGCCACUACCACUGAGCCCGCAACACCGGUUGCAACAACCACAGAGCCAACAACAGCAGUACCAAGUGCAUCUACAACUAGUAUAGCUCCAAGCAGUACAAAUGAACCACCAACAACUCAAUCUUCAACUACACCAAUGAUCAAACUGAUCACUAUCUCUGCAUCCACUCUUGAGCCCACAUCGACAACAGAAACGACAACAACAGCAUCAACUACAUCUUCGUUUUCUCUGCCUCCAAGGACUACAACUGGAGCACCAACAACAAAACCGGGGACCCUAACAACUACAUUCACAACUGUACCAUCACUAACAACAGCAAAAACAACUGUUUCUCCAAAUCCAAGCACUUUAAUAGAAACACUAGCAACUACACCUACAGCUUUAUCACCAUUUACAAUAUCUAACACUGAAAAUCCCUCUAGCUCUGAAUCUACAACACAGAUUGCAAUAAUCACAGGAGCAACAAAAGCAAAAACAACUGCAUCAACAAAUAAUCCAGCUCCAAACACUAGAACUGAAUCACCAACAACUACAGAGGAAACACCAUCUACACCAACAACUGUACCACUAACAACUAUAAAAUCAACAACAGUAACGAUGGGCGCUGUGUCCACAACACAGCAUAUAGCAACCACAGAAACAACACCUGCAACUACUCUGGGUCCAAACACUACAUCUGAAGCACCCACAACUGCCGAUGAUACUCUAAUAACUACAUCCGCAUACAUAACACAAACAACUCUAGCAACAAAAACAGAAUUGACUAUUGCAAUUUCAUCCUCUGCUCAGCCAAUUGAACUAUCAACACUAUAUUCAAAUGUUUCACAAACCUCUGUAACUCCAAGUAUUUCAAGUGAAACAGCAAAUGCAGAACCUCCUUUUUUACCUUUUACAGUGGGUCAAGGUAAUAGAAAUUUAACAACAAAUACAACUUUUGUCACUCUAAGUACUGCAGCUUUCAGCUCCACAACAUUAGUACCAGCAACUCCAGUGUCAAUUCUAUCAAUUACACCAAUAUCACCAGCAUCUACAACACCCAAGGAAGAUUUGACCACUGCCACUGGUUCCAAACAACAGCCUUCCACACUUACAAGAAAUGCAAAUACAUCUGCUUCCCCAAGUUCACAAAUUACAAGGACUAUAACUGAAGAAAUAACUCUAACAAAUUCACCUAAAAUUGAAAUAAAUACAACUGAAGCAAAUGCAACUGAGGACACUGCAAUUUCAGCCACAACUGUAACUACAUUAACUAUAUCUGCCAUUUCAACAAAUACUACAACUGCAGAAUCAACAAUUUAUACAAGUUCACCCAACCUUGCAACUUGUACAGUACCUCUUUCCAUAAUAGCUGGGACAGGUGUGGUUCAAACCAGGCUGAUGUUCAACUCUUCCGCUCCCAUUCCCAGUGAGACUUUGGUGCUUAGCGCAAUCACAGCUCUGUUGAGUUCUGAACUCACGAACAUCAGUGGUUCAGUAAAAGUCCGGAACUUCACCUAUGAGAAAAUUUCAAACACUUCCUAUGCAGUCAUCUUCAUAUUCAGCCUCAGUAACAUCACCGAAGUGCAGAAGUCCAUUAAUGAUGCUCUAAAUAUACUUUUGAAUGAACCUGGGCGAGACCAAUUCGAACUGAAAUGCUUGAACAUGACGAGUUCAGGAAAACAAAUUGAAGGUUACAUGGAGUACAUUUUCCAAGAUGGAGAUACUAAUACACUGAUCAACUUCCUUAGUGAGCUCCAGAAACAAAGUGUGUCUUCUAUGACGGUUGCUCCAUCAAUUGCAAGAGAUCUGAUUUGGACUUCUGCAGCAUCUCCAAUAGUAAUAUCUGGUUCAGCUGUGGUUCAGACCAGACUUUUGUUCAACUCGUCGUCUGCCGUUCCCAGUGAGAGUUUAGUCUUCAGUGUCAUCACAUCUCUGCUGAGUUCUCGAUACUCAAACCUCAGUGACUCAGUAAAUGUGCUGAACUUCACAUACGAGAAUAUUUCAGACACCUCCUAUGCAGUCAUCUUCACAAUCAACAUCAGUAACCUCAGCAUGCCAGAGAACCCUGAACGCAGGAACAACACCUACAACCAAGUGGAGAACUCCAUCAAUAAUGCUCUAAACACACUUCUCAACGCACCCGGCGCAGAACCAUUUGCACCCAACUCCUCCAACUUCACAUGUUCUGGAAAACAGAUUGAAGGUGACAUAGAGUACAGCUUCCAAGAUGGAGAUACUAAUAUACCAAUCACCUUUCUCAGUGAGCUCCAGAAACAAAGUGGUUAUUAUACAUCAGUUCCUCCAUCAACUGCAAGAGUUCCACUGUUGUCUUCUGCAGCUACUCCGAUAAUACAGUCUGGCUCGGCUGUGGUUCAGACCAGACUUUUGUUCAACUCGUCGUCUGCCGUUCCCAGUGAGAGUUUAGUCCUCAGUGUCAUCACAUCUCUGCUGAGUUCUCGAUACUCAAACCUCAGUGACUCAGUAAAUGUGCUGAACUUCACAUACGAGAAUAUUUCAGACACCUCCUAUGCAGUCAUCUUCACAAUCAACAUCAGUAACCUCAGCAUGCCAGAGAACCCUGAACGCAGGAACAACACCUACAACCAAGUGGAGAACUCCAUCAAUAAUGCUCUAAACACACUUCUCAACGCACCCGGCGCAGAACCAUUUGCACCCAACUCCUCCAACUUCACAUGUUCUGGAAAACAGAUUGAAGGUGACAUAGAGUACAGCUUCCAAGAUGGAGAUACUAAUAUACCAAUCACCUUUCUCAGUGAGCUCCAGAAACAAAGUGGUUAUUAUACAUCAGUUCCUCCAUCAACUGCAAGAGUUCCACUGUUGUCUUCUGCAGCUACUCCGAUAAUACAGUCUGGCUCGGCUGUGGUUCAGACCAGACUUUUGUUCAACUCGUCGUCUGCCGUUCCCAGUGAGAGUUUAGUCCUCAGUGUCAUCACAUCUCUGCUGAGUUCUCGAUACUCAAACCUCAGUGACUCAGUAAAUGUGCUGAACUUCACAUACGAGAAUAUUUCAGACACCUCCUAUGCAGUCAUCUUCACAAUCAACAUCAGUAACCUCAGCAUGCCAGAGAACCCUGAACGCAGGAACAACACCUACAACCAAGUGGAGAACUCCAUCAAUAAUGCUGUGAGUGUACAUGUUGAAUGCACUUUGUGUUGGCUAUGUUCUGGAAAACAGAUUGAAGGUGACAUAGAGUACAGCUUCCAAGAUGGAGAUACUAAUAUACCAAUCACCUUUCUCAGUGAGCUCCAGAAACAAAGUGCUUGCAGGUUAUUAUACAUCAGUUCCUCCAUCAACUGCAAGAGUUCCACUGUUGUCUUCUGCAGCUACUCCGAUAAUACAGUAAGAUCAUUUCAUGCAUGUUUAGUAAACGGCGAAUUCGUUCAUCGUUCUGAAUUGCGAUUGAGAAAAAAAAUAAUACUUUUUUGCGUCUUCAGAUCUGGCUCGGCUGUGGUUCAGACCAGACUUUUGUUCAACUCGUCGUCUGCCGUUCCCAGUGAGAGUUUAGUCCUCAGUGUCAUCACAUCUCUGCUGAGUUCUCGAUACUCAAACCUCAGUGACUCAGUAAAUGUGCUGAACUUCACAUACGAGAAUAUUUCAGACACCUCCUAUGCAGUCAUCUUCACAAUCAACAUCAGUAACCUCAGCAUGCCAGAGAACCCUGAACGCAGGAACAACACCUACAACCAAGUGGAGAACUCCAUCAAUAAUGCUGUGAGUGUACAUGUUGAAUGCACUUUGUGUUGGCUAUGUUCUGGAAAACAGAUUGAAGGUGACAUAGAGUACAGCUUCCAAGAUGGAGAUACUAAUAUACCAAUCACCUUUCUCAGUGAGCUCCAGAAACAAAGUGCUUGCAGGUUAUUAUACAUCAGUUCCUCCAUCAACUGCAAGAGUUCCACUGUUGUCUUCUGCAGCUACUCCGAUAAUACAGUAAGAUCAUUUCAUGCAUGUUUAGUAAACGGCGAAUUCGUUCAUCGUUCUGAAUUGCGAUUGAGAAAAAAAAUAAUACUUUUUUGCGUCUUCAGAUCUGGCUCGGCUGUGGUUCAGACCAGACUUUUGUUCAACUCGUCGUCUGCCGUUCCCAGUGAGAGUUUAGUCCUCAGUGUCAUCACAUCUCUGCUGAGUUCUCGAUACUCAAACCUCAGUGACUCAGUAAAUGUGCUGAACUUCACAUACGAGAAUAUUUCAGACACCUCCUAUGCAGUCAUCUUCACAAUCAACAUCAGUAACCUCAGCAUGCCAGAGAACCCUGAACGCAGGAACAACACCUACAACCAAGUGGAGAACUCCAUCAAUAAUGCUGUGAGUGUACAUGUUGAAUGCACUUUGUGUUGGCUAUCUGGCUCGGCUGUGGUUCAGACCAGACUUUUGUUCAACUCGUCGUCUGCCGUUCCCAGUGAGAGUUUAGUCCUCAGUGUCAUCACAUCUCUGCUGAGUUCUCGAUACUCAAACCUCAGUGACUCAGUAAAUGUGUUGAACUUCACAUACGAGAAUAUUUCAGACACCUCCUAUGCAGUCAUCUUCACAAUCAACAUCAGUAACCUCAGCAUGCCAGAGAACCCUGAACGCAGGAACAACACCUACAACCAAGUGGAGAACUCCAUCAAUAAUGCUCUAAACACACUUCUCAACGCACCCGGCGCAGAACCAUUUGCACCCAACUCCUCCAACUUCACAUGUUCUGGAAAACAGAUUGAAGGUGACAUAGAGUACAGCUUCCAAGAUGGAGAUACUAAUAUACCAAUCACCUUUCUCAGUGAGCUCCAGAAACAAAGUGCUUGCAGGUUAUUAUACAUCAGUUCCUCCAUCAACUGCAAGAGUUCCACUGUUGUCUUCUGCAGCUACUCCGAUAAUACAGUAAGAUCAUUUCAUGCAUGUUUAGUAAACGGCGAAUUCGUUCAUCGUUCUGAAUUGCGAUUGAGAAAAAAAAUAAUACUUUUUUGCGUCUUCAGAUCUGGCUCGGCUGUGGUUCAGACCAGACUUUUGUUCAACUCGUCGUCUGCCGUUCCCAGUGAGAGUUUAGUCCUCAGUGUCAUCACAUCUCUGCUGAGUUCUCGAUACUCAAACCUCAGUGACUCAGUAAAUGUGCUGAACUUCACAUACGAGAAUAUUUCAGACACCUCCUAUGCAGUCAUCUUCACAAUCAACAUCAGUAACCUCAGCAUGCCAGAGAACCCUGAACGCAGGAACAACACCUACAACCAAGUGGAGAACUCCAUCAAUAAUGCUCUAAACACACUUCUCAACGCACCCGGCGCAGAACCAUUUGCACCCAACUCCUCCAACUUCACAUGUUCUGGAAAACAGAUUGAAGGUGACAUAGAGUACAGCUUCCAAGAUGGAGAUACUAAUAUACCAAUCACCUUUCUCAGUGAGCUCCAGAAACAAAGUGCUUGCAGGUUAUUAUACAUCAGUUCCUCCAUCAACUGCAAGAGUUCCACUGUUGUCUUCUGCAGCUACUCCGAUAAUACAGUAAGAUCAUUUCAUGCAUGUUUAGUAAACGGCGAAUUCGUUCAUCGUUCUGAAUUGCGAUUGAGAAAAAAAAUAAUACUUUUUUGCGUCUUCAGAUCUGGCUCGGCUGUGGUUCAGACCAGACUUUUGUUCAACUCGUCGUCUGCCGUUCCCAGUGAGAGUUUAGUCCUCAGUGUCAUCACAUCUCUGCUGAGUUCUCGAUACUCAAACCUCAGUGACUCAGUAAAUGUGCUGAACUUCACAUACGAGAAUAUUUCAGACACCUCCUAUGCAGUCAUCUUCACAAUCAACAUCAGUAACCUCAGCAUGCCAGAGAACCCUGAACGCAGGAACAACACCUACAACCAAGUGGAGAACUCCAUCAAUAAUGCUGUGAGUGUACAUGUUGAAUGCACUUUGUGUUGGCUAUGUUCUGGAAAACAGAUUGAAGGUGACAUAGAGUACAGCUUCCAAGAUGGAGAUACUAAUAUACCAAUCACCUUUCUCAGUGAGCUCCAGAAACAAAGUGGUUAUUAUACAUCAGUUCCUCCAUCAACUGCAAGAGUUCCACUGUUGUCUUCUGCAGCUACUCCGAUAAUACAGUCUGGCUCGGCUGUGGUUCAGACCAGACUUUUGUUCAACUCGUCGUCUGCCGUUCCCAGUGAGAGUUUAGUCCUCAGUGUCAUCACAUCUCUGCUGAGUUCUCGAUACUCAAACCUCAGUGACUCAGUAAAUGUGCUGAACUUCACAUACGAGAAUAUUUCAGACACCUCCUAUGCAGUCAUCUUCACAAUCAACAUCAGUAACCUCAGCAUGCCAGAGAACCCUGAACGCAGGAACAACACCUACAACCAAGUGGAGAACUCCAUCAAUAAUGCUCUAAACACACUUCUCAACGCACCCGGCGCAGAACCAUUUGCACCCAACUCCUCCAACUUCACAUGUUCUGGAAAACAGAUUGAAGGUGACAUAGAGUACAGCUUCCAAGAUGGAGAUACUAAUAUACCAAUCACCUUUCUCAGUGAGCUCCAGAAACAAAGUGGUUAUUAUACAUCAGUUCCUCCAUCAACUGCAAGAGUUCCACUGUUGUCUUCUGCAGCUACUCCGAUAAUACAAUCUGGCUCGGCUGUGGUUCAGACCAGACUUUUGUUCAACUCGUCGUCUGCCGUUCCCAGUGAGAGUUUAGUCCUCAGUGUCAUCACAUCUCUGCUGAGUUCUCGAUACUCAAACCUCAGUGACUCAGUAAAUGUGCUGAACUUCACAUACGAGAAUAUUUCAGACACCUCCUAUGCAGUCAUCUUCACAAUCAACAUCAGUAACCUCAGCAUGCCAGAGAACCCUGAACGCAGGAACAACACCUACAACCAAGUGGAGAACUCCAUCAAUAAUGCUGUGAGUGUACAUGUUGAAUGCACUUUGUGUUGGCUGUUAUUAUACAUCAGUUCCUCCAUCAACUGCAAGAGUUCCACUGUUGUCUUCUGCAGCUACUCCGAUAAUACAGUAAGAUCAUUUCAUGCAUGUUUAGUAAACGGCGAAUUCGUUCAUCGUUCUGAAUUGCGAUUGAGAAAAAAAAUAAUACUUUUCUGCGUCUUCAGAUCUGGCUCAGCUGUGGUUCAGACCAGACUUUUGUUCAACUCGUCGUCUGCCGUUCCCAGUGAGAGUUUAGUCCUCAGUGUCAUCACAUCUCUGCUGAGUUCUCGAUACUCAAACCUCAGUGACUCAGUAAAUGUGCUGAACUUCACAUACGAGAAUAUUUCAGACACCUCCUAUGCAGUCAUCUUCACAAUCAACAUCAGUAACCUCAGCAUGCCAGAGAACCCUGAACGCAGGAACAACACCUACAACCAAGUGGAGAACUCCAUCAAUAAUGCUCUAAACACACUUCUCAACGCACCCGGCGCAGAACCAUUUGCACCCAACUCCUCCAACUUCACGUUAUUAUACAUCAGUUCCUCCAUCAACUGCAAGAGUUCCACUGUUGUCUUCUGCAGCUACUCCGAUAAUACAGUAAGAUCAUUUCAUGCAUGUUUAGUAAACGGCGAAUUCGUUCAUCGUUCUGAAUUGCGAUUGAGAAAAAAAAUAAUACUUUUCUGCGUCUUCAGAUCUGGCUCGGCUGUGGUUCAGACCAGACUUUUGUUCAACUCGUCGUCUGCCGUUCCCAGUGAGAGUUUAGUCCUCAGUGUCAUCACAUCUCUGCUGAGUUCUCGAUACUCAAACCUCAGUGACUCAGUAAAUGUGCUGAACUUCACAUACGAGAAUAUUUCAGACACCUCCUAUGCAGUCAUCUUCACAAUCAACAUCAGUAACCUCAGCAUGCCAGAGAACCCUGAACGCAGGAACAACACCUACAACCAAGUGGAGAACUCCAUCAAUAAUGCUCUAAACACACUUCUCAACGCACCCGGCGCAGAACCAUUUGCACCCAACUCCUCCAACUUCACAUGUUCUGGAAAACAGAUUGAAGGUGACAUAGAGUACAGCUUCCAAGAUGGAGAUACUAAUAUACCAAUCACCUUUCUCAGUGAGCUCCAGAAACAAAGUGCUUGCAGGUUAUUAUACAUCAGUUCCUCCAUCAACUGCAAGAGUUCCACUGUUGUCUUCUGCAGCUACUCCGAUAAUACAGUAAGAUCAUUUCAUGCAUGUUUAGUAAACGGCGAAUUCGUUCAUCGUUCUGAAUUGCGAUUGAGAAAAAAAAUAAUACUUUUUUGCGUCUUCAGAUCUGGCUCGGCUGUGGUUCAGACCAGACUUUUGUUCAACUCGUCGUCUGCCGUUCCCAGUGAGAGUUUAGUCCUCAGUGUCAUCACAUCUCUGCUGAGUUCUCGAUACUCAAACCUCAGUGACUCAGUAAAUGUGCUGAACUUCACAUACGAGAAUAUUUCAGACACCUCCUAUGCAGUCAUCUUCACAAUCAACAUCAGUAACCUCAGCAUGCCAGAGAACCCUGAACGCAGGAACAACACCUACAACCAAGUGGAGAACUCCAUCAAUAAUGCUCUAAACACACUUCUCAACGCACCCGGCGCAGAACCAUUUGCACCCAACUCCUCCAACUUCACGUAAGUUGAAAGCAGCACUGAUUUCUGUUCCGAGAAUGCUUACUGUACCGCUUACUGCACAGUCCUUGGUAUGAAGACCAUCUAACUUUCUGCUGCCUUACGUAGAUGUUCUGGAAAACAGAUUGAAGGUGACAUAGAGUACAGCUUCCAAGAUGGAGAUACUAAUAUACCAAUCACCUUUCUCAGUGAGCUCCAGAAACAAAGUGGUAAGCUGUGCUACAAAAUCUUGAUUUAUGAUUGCUGUCUCUCUGUUGAUUGAAGAUAAAUGCAUGUUUUAUUUACUUUAUGAAUUAAUAAAACUUUUCUUGCAGGUUAUUAUACAUCAGUUCCUCCAUCAACUGCAAGAGUUCCACUGUUGUCUUCUGCAGCUACUCCGAUAAUACAGUCUGGCUCGGCUGUGGUUCAGACCAGACUUUUGUUCAACUUGUCGUCUCCCGUUCCCAGUGAGAGUUUAGUCCUCAGUGUCAUCACAUCUCUGCUGAGUUCUCGAUAUGCAAACCUCAGUGAUUCAGUAAAUGUGCUGAAUUUCACAUACGA